AUGAACGGCCAUGCUUCGGGAACUUCAGUGGUGGCUGUGACUGUAACUUUUACUGCUUUGGCUGCCACUUUCGUUGCCUGUCGGACAUAUGCGAGGUUGAGAAUCGCGAGGAAUGCUGGAUCCGACGAUGUCUCCAUCGUCUUUGCAAUGUUGUUCGCUUUGGGAACCACCAUCACAAUGCUUUUUCAAGUGAAAUACGGGAUGGGAAGACGACAGGCUUCGCUGUCUCAGGAUGAGUCCAUUUCCAUGUUAAAGGCGUUCUACGUUUCAAUAUGGACAUACAACUUGUCACUCUGCUGUACCAAGGUCGCUAUUCUACUGCAGUACCUGCGUGUUUUCAGCCCGAUGAAGACCUUCCGGAUGUGCUGCUUUAUCCUUCUUACGGUCGUCGUGAUUUACGCGAUCUACGCAGCCGGAACGGCCAUCUUCGCAUGUUCGCCCAUUGCAUUUUUCUGGGACCAUCGUUUGGAAGGGAAAUGCCUUCCGAGGUUCCCAAUAUGGUUCGCCAACGCAGCCAUCAACAUCGUCACGGAUAUCGUCAUUGUGGUCCUCCCAAUUCCAGUAAUGUCGGACCUCGAGCUACCAACACGCACCAAAAGAGCACUCAUGACGGUUUUCCUACUGGGAGGAUUCACGUGUAUCGUGUCCAUCCUUCGCCUCCAAUCUCUUUUCGUCAUCUCUCGGGCGCAGGAUGUAUCUUGGAACAAUGGCAUGGCUGCCAUAUGGUCAAACAUCGAGAUCAACACCGCCAUCAUGUGCUCCUGUCUGCCGACAAUGAGGUGCUUGUUCCCUCGCAUCUUCAAGAGCAGAAUGUCUCAGCCGAGAUCUUACAACAGUGGUGAACACAGAGCAGAGGAGAGCAAUUGGCUGCAGACACUGUUGAGGAGACUAAAUCCCAGGGGGAAUGAUGACGGAUCAUCUCUCUCGCAGGAAAGGCUUGAAGCUGGCCGCUCCGAGGGCAAGACAGCGUUUCCUCUCAACAGCUUUCAGCCCGGAGAUGAACAUGGUCGAAGCCAGGCUGGAUGUAAAGCCGCACCAAAAGAUUUGCGCGGCAAAAGGGCGAGCAGAGCAGGAGAUGACAGGAUCCUGGUUUGCAAGGAGAUAGACCAGGAGGUCGAGAUACGAGACGAUGUUGCGGAUGACCACAGUACCAAAGAUUUGAUAAUUAGACAGCCGAGGGAUGCCGGGGUCGGCUCAUGA